AUGCCCCAGACACUCUUUACUCAAAAAGAGAAGGAGCAGCUAAUUCAGAGUCUCAGGACUCUCAAAGCAAAGCAGAGCGAGUAUCUACGGCGAGAGGCGGAUCGAAUUGCUAAAACUUGCGAACGAAAAGUCGCCAGAAGACUCAACAAAGUCAGCGUUACAAUCCAAUCGGUAAAAGUACAGCAGGUUCUAGAGUUGGAAAGGAAACAAUCGCCAACAUUGGCGGAUCUACGCACGGUUAAGGAUACUACAGAUUAA